AUGCCUACCGAAGUUUACCCUGCGAGGAUGGCACACCACGAUCCGUACCAUGAUACCUCAGCAGCUGGCUUUGCACCCUUACCAGCCAUGAUGGGCGGAUGGUCCUCCAUGCCUGCUACUGGCCCAGCGAGAUCCAUCGACUGUCUCCCACGUCAGUAUCCGUAUCACAAUGGUGGCCGAAUCCUGCCUGGUGGACUGAGAAACCCCUGGGCACCAUACAGCGGGGAGACGUAUGCACCUGCAUCAGAUGGUGCGGAAAACAUACGACUUGGCGCCGCAUCGGCUUACGGAAGCCUCGCGAAUGUCACCGGCCGUACUAUUGGCGGAGGAGGAUCAGUGAUUCAUCCUGUCCAAAUCGGUGGAGGAGGAUCAGUAGUCACUGGUAUCUCUGGUCUAACUGGUCGAAGCGUCCCUUCUAUUGGUUUAGGAGGAUUGAGGAAUGAUGAUGGAUGGGAUGGGUCAGUCGGCAGAGUUCAUGCUGGAUUUUCACCCGACUUGACCUCAACAGCAGGCGCCAUCCCUAGAAUCGCUCAAUCAUCCCAUUGGCUUCAAAGUCCCUCAUCACCCAUAUCACCCAUGAACCACGCUAGACUGACGCCUAUUCUGGCUCCUCCGCCUGUCUACCCAGUCUUCGCACCUGGAUCGCUAGACAGAGAAAGAGCACGACAUCCGAUAGACGCGACCCGCCCAAAGAGAAUCCCAUCGCGACAAGGGCGCGAAGCUAGAGAGAAGCAGAAGUAG